ACAAACACAAAGAAAGGAAGAAAAAAGACCCAAAGUGUGUCAAGGCAGACACACUCAUAGAGUGUUCUUUUUUGUUGUCCCAUCCCCAACACAAAACACUCACAAAGGAGAGAAUGGGAAAUUACAAGUUUAAGCUUUCAGAUAUGAUCCCAAAUGCUUGGUUUUACAAACUUAGAGAUAAUAUGUCUAAGGGAAGAAAACAAACCACCACCAAAAAGAAAAACCACCACCAACCACCACCAUCAACCGCCACCGCCACCGCCGCCGCUCAUUCACCAAAACAACAAAAGCAACAACCCCAUUUCCCCCACCACCAUUGCACCCCAAGAAAAUCUUACUACUUCACAAGGGAGCUCAAUUACCAAAAUAACCCCAAAGAUUCACCACCACAAAGAAAAUCUUCAUCAUCAAAACAACAAAGAGAGAGAAGAAUUAGGAAAAGAAGAACAACAUCAUCAUCGUCAUCGUCAUCACCAAAGUUAGUUACUUCCUCCUCCUCUGUCUCUUCUGCUGCUAAUUGUAGCUGCAGAGCAACAACAACCACACUCAUUGAAUCUGUUUGGACCAAUAACAAAUCAGAUUCUCCACCUUAUGAUGACCAAGAAUAUUCAUCAACACCUCCAUUUCAUGAAGAUUCACCAAAAGAAGAUUCCCCUAACAACAAUGAACCAAAUUUCAGAACAGACCAUGUUCUUCUUCCAACCACCACCACCACCACAACAACAACAGAGUCUUCAUCAUUUGAUGAAAUGAUUUCUUUUUCCAACACCACCAACAGUGACAUAGUCAUAGAUGUGGACAAGAAUUCACUUGUUUCAACAAGAAAAAAACACUAUCAUCAUCAUCAUAAAUUUGAUGACUCAUUUUCUGAGCUUGAGUCCUUGCCUCCAAUCAUAACCAAACCAAGAACAACCACCAUGGCUGAAGAACAAAAAACCGUGAAGGUUAAGAAGAUUGUGAAGGAACAACAACAAGAACAAGAACAGAGGAAGAAGAACAACCCUACUACUAACUAUGUUAGAGGAUUCUCUCUGAAUAAUUCACCAGGUAUGAAGGUUAAGAUCAAUUCACCAAAGCUAAUGAACAAGCUCAAUAACAAUAAUAACAACAAUAGUAAUGGCCGGAGAAGCGUGUCGUCGAGCUCCGGCUGCCGGAGAAGCAUCUCCGGCAGCUUUGCUGUAGUGAAGUCAUCCUUGAAUCCAAUGAAGGAUUUCAGAGAAUCAAUGGUGGAGAUGAUUGUGGAGAACAACAUAAGGAACUCAAAGGACUUGGAGGAUCUUCUUGCUUGCUACCUCUCUCUCAAUUCAGAUGAGUAUCAUGAACUCAUCAUCAAGGUCUUCAAGCAAAUUUGGUUUGAUUUCACACAAACAAGGUAGCAUCCAUAAUUAAUCAAAUUCAUCAUCAAUAUCAAUAUAUAAUAUUUAUUAUAGUUACUUUAUUUUAGUUUCUGAUAAAAAAAAAAAAGAAAAAAAAACUUACUAUAGUAUCCAGAAUGAUGUGGCAAAGAUUCUGGUUAUGUUAUGUAAUGUAAUGUAGAAUUAUUAUUGUUAAUAACAACCCUUCUUGGAUAAAUUU